AUGGAUCAUCCGGUAGAUCUUGAAACGCUCAAGACAUUCGAGUUUGAUCGCAUCCUCUCCGAAAGUACCACCACAGGGUCGAUAUAUCUCUUAGGCAAGCUUCAUAACGAGUCCGCAAUCAUUCAUCUUCAGCGGACGAUCUUGUCUGCUGAUGGUGCAUCAGAGCUGGUGAAGCACGGCUUGGAGGAGAUCAAAGUGUUCCUCGACAAUCGGCCGUACUUUUCCGCACACGCUCUGCUCGCUCGAUCGACUUCAAGCCUGCCUGAUCUGCAAAUCAAGCUCAUCUGGCCCGCGACGGAGAUUCAUAUCGCAAAGUAUACGCUCCAAGAGAGAGUCAUGGUCUCUGAAACGGCCGAAAAGUAUGCGAAAGUCGUCGUCCCGUAUAUCGAAUCCUUUCCCCCCGACCGCAUACAGUGGGUAUACAAUAUACUCGAAGGGAAGAAGGAAGCCGAUCGAGUCCUGUACCGGGACGACGACCCCUCCCGAGGCUUCCUGAUCUUACCUGACCUGAAAUGGGAUCAAACGUCUAUGACUGCUUUGUACCUCGUUGUCUUGGUGCAGGAUAGGACCAUCCGAUCUCUGAGAGAUCUGACGAGGGACCAUGUACCGCUGCUACGACGCAUACGACAACAGGCAUUCAUCACUGCGAAGGAGGUGUUCAAUGUCGAACCCAACAAGCUGCGGCUGUUCAUCCAUUAUCAGCCCAGCUAUUACCACUUUCACGUUCAUGUUGUACAUAUCGAUCAUGAAAAUCUCUCUGGUAUGAUGGUCGGCCAAGCGAGACUUCUCGAAGACAUCAUCAGUCUGUCAAUACUGCAACAGAUGACCCUGACGUACGCUCUUGGCGUCGAGCAUGGACUGUAUGCGAGCUUCUUAGCGGCCAGCAAUUGA